GUCUCCGCUCCGCGGUACCGACAGCAGUGCAAUCAUGGCAGACGCACAACCAGCGUCCGGCGGCCUCUCCGAGGAGGCCACCCUCGAGUGCUGCUCCGACCCGGACCCCAGUACCAAGGACUUCCUGCUGCAGCAGACAAUGCUCCGAAUUAAAGAUCCUAAGAAGUCACUGGAUUUUUAUACUAGAAUUCUUGGAAUGACGCUGCUCCAAAAAUUAGAUUUUCCGACUAUGAAAUUUUCCCUCUAUUUCUUGGCGUAUGAGGAUAAAAAUGACAUCCCCAAGGAUAAAGAUGAAAAGCUGGCAUGGGUGUUCUCCAGAAAAGCUACCCUGGAACUGACUCACAAUUGGGGCACUGAAGGUGAUGCGACCCAGAGUUACCACAAUGGCAAUUCAGACCCUCGGGGCUUUGGUCACAUUGGAAUUGCCGUUCCUGAUGUACACGGUGCUUGUAAAAGAUUUGAAGAUCUGGGAGUGAAAUUUGUGAAGAAACCUGAUGAUGGUAAAAUGAAAGGCCUGGCAUUUGUUCAAGAUCCAGAUGGCUACUGGAUUGAAAUUUUGAAUCCUAACCAAAUGAUAAAUAUUUGUUAAAACUUUACAAAAUGAUUAAUAUUCAUUAGGUUUCAAUGAAGACAUUAUGGGGGCAGGGAAAACAUAAUGUGACCCAAGAUAUUCAGAUAACAAAAGCUUCUAGGUCUAAUCAUUGUCUAGAUUUAAAUUGUUCUUAACUUCAUUUUUCUUUGCUUGUUCAGUUAAUUUUGUUUUCAAAGUAUUGUUUUAACUUAUGUCCUUGAAUGUAGCAGUCUGACUUUACUUUUUAGGUGAUAAUUAGAACAGUUCCCUUCAGAGGCUGCGUUUGCCUUCUUUUAUUCCUCAAUAAGCCUUCUCUUCAAGCCUGCCUUUGAAUCAUCAUUUUCAAAAAAAUAAUCUUACAUGUUUUGUCCUGUUAUCUUCUGGGGUUUCAAUUCCUCAGAAAUAACUUUUCACAAUGGAACGUAAGGUACACUGAACAAAAAUGAAAUUUGCAUGUACUUCAAAUAGUAUGAAGUGUUUAUUUUAUAAAAGAGAAGGUGCUUUGGGGAAUAAUUCAUAAUUAUGCUGACAAGGAUGCGGAUGGAAAAACUAAUUUUAUUUUCAUUAUAAAAUACUUCCAAAGUUCAAGGACUACCCUCAUUUAUUUUAGAAUUUGGGUGUAAUAUUUACUGGAUACCCAGACAUCGACUAGGCCAUUACAUUUCUUGAUCUCACUUGAUCGUUACAACGAUCCAAUGAGAAAGAAUGCAGACUAGAUUUAUAAAAUAACGAAUAGGGUGAAAGCAUUGUAAAUAGAUCCGAGUGUCCAAGAUUUCCUCAUUAUUAAUAUCGAGAUUGUGUCUCGGGAACGUGGUAACUCACAACACCGCGCUCGCUGCUUCUGUGAAAACCUGUGUUGAGUGUGAGCGCUGUCCUUGCAGCUCUCUUGUCUGAGUGCACAGUGAGGGAAGAAGCAGUCGAGGACGUCGAACGCUGCCUGGUCUGGUGACCCCCGACUUAUUAAUGUGGGAAGUGGUGCUUCUGUGACUGGUGAGAGCCCACCCUCCUAACACACACGCCAUAAAGUAUGUUCAGUGAUAAUAUAACUUGGCUAUUGAAUGUCUGUUGGUGAAUUCCCCUGCCAUGUUUGACAUUUAACUUGUUUUUCAAAAUCAAAAACAUUCGCAAAUGUCUCAUCGUGUUUAGGGAUAAAAAGAGCUGGUUUAUGGCUGAACUGCACUUCUAUAGAUGUUCUGCAGGGCCCCCAUACCACCCUGGAGGGUCUUCUGUAGGCCGCACCAAUCGGGCUGGCACCAUUCAGAGCACAUUUCAUUUCCCUUUUGGAGGUGGGAUGGAUUCAAGCGAGCAAUUCGAGGAAAUGGGAAUACUUAUAACUUUAAAUAAAAUACAAUUUUAAAUGACUUUUUAACUUGUAAACUUCUGUCCAGCAUGUUCAUUCGUUCUUACAAUAAAUAGUUGCUCUGUUUGAGCCCA